CAGCCGCAUUGUUGUGGGGGGAAGAGAGGCGAGUUAGCCUGCUAGCAUAGCGCUCACACGGCCAGCCCAAUAACGACCGAAAAACAGUCGCGUUGGCAUGGUCGAGCUGCUUUUAUCGUGAGCGAAUACGUCCGGCUUUUAAAUGCUUAUGUUGGAAUCCAGGAGGCCGUCACGGAUACCUAGUGUUACGCUUCGAAAACAACAGAUACGCGGUGAGUGGACGGUAGCGCCUGUAACGCGGCUCGUGCACGGAUUAAACCCACUGCUGUUCAGUAGGCCACACCGCUGCUGCUUUUAGCUCGGCCUUACUGCCUUCAAAGCUCCAUUUAACGUCGACGGCAAAGUUCCUCUGAAACGUUCAAAAUGAGGAAGAAGUCUCGACAAAAUCGCGUGUCCACCCCGCCGAGGCCUCCCUCCCCCAUCAAGCCCUCGCGGAACCGCGAGACCCUGACUUACGCCCAGGCUCAGCGCAUGGUGGAGCUGGAUAUAGACGGGCGUGUUCACAGGCUCAGCAUUUACGACAAACUGGAUGUUAUCGACAGCGAUGACCCUUUAGCUCAGGAGAUCAGCGAAUGCACCAGCAACAAGGAGAACACCGAAAAGCCGCAGCAGAUUCUCGUGCGUUCGGUGCGGCUCAAAAACAACCAGCAGAAGAAGAGCGCCGCGUUGGCGACUGUGCAGGGUACACAAGCUCAGGGCAGGCUACCAGAGCCAAAGAUCAGAACGGUUGAGUACAACCUUCCAGCUGUGCCACGGAGGCCGUCAACGUACUAUACCUAUGUGGAGAAGACGUCGGAUGAGCUCGAUGAGGAGGUCGAAUACGACAUGGAUGAGGAGGACUAUGCAUGGCUCGAGCUGAUCAACGAGAAGAGGAAGAGCGACGGCUACAGCCAGGUCUCUCAGAACCUGUUCGAGUUCCUCAUGGACCGCUUUGAGAAGGAGUCUUUCUUCGAGAGCCAGGGCCAAGGUGAACCCCAGUCGCUUAUUGACGAAGACGCCGUGUGCUGCAUCUGCAUGGACGGCGAGUGCCAGAAUAGUAACGCUAUUCUCUUCUGCGACAUGUGCAAUCUUGCCGUGCAUCAGGAGUGUUACGGAGUCCCCCACAUACCGGAGGGCCGGUGGCUUUGCCGCCACUGUCUGAAUUCCCCGUCGCAACAAGCAGCGUGUAUAUUCUGCCCCAACAAUGGCGGCGCCCUCAAGAGGACAGAUGACGAUCGCUGGGGUCACGUCGUUUGCGCCAUAUGGGUCCCCGAAGUCGGUUUUACCAAUACGGUUUUCAUUGAGCCCAUCGAUGGUGUGGCGAACAUUCCGCCGGCACGCUGGAAACUCACCUGUUACAUGUGUAAGAAAAAGGGAGUGGGUGCUUGCAUCCAAUGCAGCAAGGCAAACUGUUACACAGCUUUUCAUGUCAGCUGUGCACAGAAAGCCGGUCUGUACAUGAAGAUGGAGCCUGUCAAAGAGGUUACUGAAUCAGGAGCCACUUCGUUCUCCGUGAAGAAGACGGCCUACUGCUGCUCGCAUACCCCUAACGGUUGUGUAAGGAGACCUCUCACCAUAUACGAAGACUCCAAACCCAAGAACGGUUUGUGUCAGAAGGGUGCUCAAAGAGGAGAGAGGGAAAGAGCAAAGGGAUGCCAGAAAAAGAAGACUAAAAAGGUAGAAUCGGAGCCUGUUGCCACAGUUCCCGCCGUUUCCGGGCCUAGUAUUACACCUAAAAGUUUCAACACAAUCCUCAAUCAAGUUUCAGUCCAGAAGAAGAAAGUCUUUGUGGAACGUGUUCUAAGUUACUGGAUGCUCAAGAGGCAGUCGAGGAACGGUGUACCUCUAAUAAGACGCCUGCAGACUACCACACAAACACAAAAAGAACCAGAACAGGUGCAGUGUAGGGAGGACCAUCAGGCUUUGACCGAGCAGUUAAAGGACUGGCACCGCUUACGGCACGAUCUGGAGCGAGCCCGCUUGCUGCUGGAGCUCAUUCGCAAGAGAGAGAAACUGAAGAGAGAGGAGAUGAGGCUCCAGCAGUCAGUUCUGGAAAUGCAGCUCACGCCGUUUCCCAUCAUGCUGCGUGCAGUGCUGGAUCAGCUUCAGGAGAAAGAUCAAGCCAGAAUCUUUGCCCAGCCUGUCAGCGUCAAAGAGGUUCCCGACUAUCUAGAUCACAUCAAACAUCCCAUGGACUUCUCCACCAUGAGGAAACGCAUCGACACCCAGGAAUACAAGAACCUGGAUGAGUUUGAGGGCGACUUCAACCUCGUCAUCAACAACUGCAUGAAAUACAACUCCAAGGACACCUUCUUUUACCGCGCCGCUGUACGUACGCGAGACCACGGCGGAGUGAUCCUCAGGAGGACGCGGCGGGACAUGGAGCGGAUCGGCUACGACUUCUCCAGCGGAAUGCACCUCACCGAACCGCCGAAGAUGGAGCCACCUCCAGCACUGUCCUGGGAAGAGGUUGAUCGACUGUUAAACCCAGCCAAUCGGGAACACAUGUCUAAGGAGGAAGGGUUAAAUAAGCUGUUGGAGACGCUGGAUCUUGUCAGUGCCAUGAAGUCAUGCCCUUCCAGGAGUAAACGGCUCAAGCUGCUUAAAAAGACCAUCGGUGAUGUGCGGAUGGAAAUGGGUCAGAAGACGGAGCCCCCUUUGUCAAAGCAGAAUGGUCCCAAGCAGGAGGAGAGCAUGGUCCUUACUAUACCCCAGGCCACAGAAGAAGAAGUUGAUAAGUCAUUACCUCCCAAACUCGAGCCUUCAGACUCCAUGCCGCUUCUGGCAAACUCCGACAGUCCGUCUGAACCUCCUACACUGAAACCUGUGGAGCCCAGCCUGGAGAAGUGCCCGAAAAAGGUCAAAUUUGACAGCGAGAUGCUCUCUACCUCACUUCUAAACGGACUCUCCCCUGACGUUCUGCCCUCCAACAACAACGUUAUGGUUGCUACCUCCACUCUCACCGAACCAGCAAACAUGGUCAACCGACGAACGGCCGUGCUGUUCCGGAAGUCGAAGAACACGAGCCCGCAGAAACCAUUGAACCCGAGCGACUCUCCGGUCGACUGCCCUCAGCUAGGCACUAAGACCUUCCUUUCUGUCGUCAUCCCUCGCCUCGAGACCCUGCUCCAGAACAGGAAGCGAACACGCAGUGCUAGCGGAGAUUGUCAGGAGGAGGAUGAGCACGAGUGUCCAAUCAAACGCUUGGAUACCAGCAUGUCCAAUGGCUUUUCAGAGCCAAAGAAAGGGCUAACUGCAGGUCGACCGUCUGAGCCUCGACGCCGCUGUGCUUCAGAGUCCAGCAUCUCCUCCAGUGGAAGCGGAAGCAUCCAAGAGAACACAAGUGAUGUCAGUCAUACAAAGAGCGGGAAAGGAAAGCUGGCGAUGACGAGACGAAACACAACGGAGGAUAAAAAAGAGCUGGUGAAUUGCGUGGAAACGGGAAACAUUUCCAAAGCCAGCAAGAUGGCAGCAGAGAUUGACAGCAGCAAUAUUUGGAUGCCUGCUAACACCUCACUAAAUCUGGAGCCCCUUAAACUAGUUUGGGCCAAACUUAGUGGAUAUCCUUCCUAUCCUGCCUUGAUCAUAGAUCCUCAGAUGCCCCGGUCGGGCUGUCAUCUCAACGGCGAGUUCAUUCCCACCCCUCCGCGGGACGUUCUCAGGGUCGGAGAGCUGAUGCAGUACAGGUCCAAGGAGAAACUCUUCCUCGUCCGCUUCUUCGACAGCAGACGCAACUGGCAAUGGCUUCCUAAAUCCAAGAUGGUACCGUUCGGGAUUGACCAGAUGUUAGACAAAAGUAAAAUGUUGGAAGGCAAAACGUCAAGUAUUCGCAAAGCUGUGCAAAGCGCCUUCAACCGUGCCAUGAACCACUUGAGCCUCGUCCAGGACUUAGGCGCCGGAGUUUAACCCUCGCCCGAGGGCUUGCAAUUAAGGGUUCCGUCAAGCCCCACGUUUACUCAACGCUAUGCUUGCAUAUCAGACUGGCCGGGGUUUACCGAGGCCCCUCUCCCUCCCAAUCUGUUUGGACUAACAGACGAAUGUGAGAGCACCUCCACUGUCCUCUAAUGUGCUGCAAGACUGCUGUGAACUCACACACUGCCAUCUCUUUUCCUUUCCACUUCCAACACCAUCCACGACGCCUCGUGUUUAACUCUGGCUGUAAAUAACGUCAUCCUAAAUUAUCCAACACUAAUUUAUUGUUCUUGUUUUGGUUUGUACCGCACACGACCUCCUGGAAGAUUUCUUCUCCAAGGUAAUUUCUCAUCCGCACUGAGGUGCGAAUCCAUCUGGUGCUACAUCACGUGCGAAGCCUCGAUUUUUCCGUACUAGAGACUUGGAAGGGGCUGUCGCACUUACUGUAUCAAACUUUUGUUGUUUUCGCUCUACUUUUGUUUUGUUUUGUUUUUUAACGGUUAAGUUAUUGUUAUUUGUCAAUGCAAGCUUCUCCUCGGCAUUAACAUGUUAUCUACUUUUUAUAUAAAAAUAUUCUUAUGGGACACAACUAAGUGAUGUUUGUAAAUAUUUAUAUAAAGCUAUGGAAUUAUAUACAUGUAAUACUUUAGAGUGGUAAGAGAAAAUCAAAUCGGAGAAGAGAAAAACAACAGUAGCGAUGAAUGCCAGAAGUGCAUCAGUCAUGCAAAACCAAAAAUUUUGCUGCCCAGGUUUUUUCGGUGUAUUUGUUUGGAAUGUUUAUCCCUGGUUUUCAUAUUAGUUUGUGUGAAUGUUUCAAACAGAUAGUAUGAAAAAAAACCUUCAAUUUGUUGCUUAUUUCACUGUGCUCUCGGGAACUGUAUCGUAGGUCUGAAUAAAGACGUGCCUGUACAAAUGUGUUGUAUUAGGACAAAAUGAAAGUAUGCAAAACUUUAUAUUCACAGUAGGCAUUUUUGGUGGAAGCUGUGUGUUGCCUAUUUUUGCGUUGUGUGCGGGUGUUUUAUUAAUAGGCCUCUGUUGUGACUGUUUAACUGUGUCUCUCUCCAGUAAUGGAUUCUGGGUAGCAUUCUGGGUUCAAAACACUUUGUAUGAAUGUCUUGUACUUAUAUUGACCGGUACUCUUGUUUCUUUUUCUCUGGGAGGAUCACAAUAUAGCCAAUGAUAGCGAGCGCUGGCGAGAUCCAGUAUUUUUUAAGUACACUGAAAAUAAACAGAUGAAAA